GCGGGCCGGGAGAGGCUUCACCUGGCGGGGCUUCGGGGAGCUGCUGUCCCCCGCCCGGAGGCUGCGCCUGCUAGACCCCCGGGCUGCCUCCAGGGACUCAGUUCUCUGAAGCUCUCCGGGCGCCUCUGGCUUAGGACCCUAAGAAGUUAGCGGUAUACAGCAAGAUGCAGGACUCUCUGGAAGUCACCCUUCCCAGCAAACAAGAGGAGGAGGAGGAGGAGGAGGAUGAGGAGGAGGAGGAGGAGGAGAAAGACCAGCCUGCCGAGAUGGAGUACCUUAACUCUCGCUGUGUCCUUUUCACUUAUUUCCAGGGAGACAUUGGGUCAGUAGUGGAUGAACACUUCUCAAGAGCUUUGGGCCAAGCCAGCACCUUCCAUCCAGAAUCUACCAUUUCAAAAAGCAAGAUGGGGCUAACCCCCCUAUGGCGAGACAGCUCAGCUCUCUCAAGCCAGCGGAGUAAUUUUCCAACUUCCUUUUGGACCAGCUCUUACCAGCCCCCACCUGCACCUUGUUUGGGGGGAGUUCAUCCUGACUUCCAAGUCACUGCACCCCCUGGCACCUUUACUGCAGCAGACCCCAGCCCCUGGUCAGGACAUAGCCUGCAUCAGACUGGCCCACCACCUCCCCCUCCUGUGUCUGAGUCCUGGCACUACCCUUUGGCAUCUCAGGUGAGCCCAUCUUACAGCCACAUGCAUGACGUAUACAUGCGACACCACCACCCUCAUACCCACAUGCACCACCGCCACCAUCAUCACCAUCACCGUCACCACCACCACCCUGCUGCCAGCUCUGCCUUGGAUCCAUCCUAUGGGCCCCUGCUGAUGCCACCCAUGCGUGCGGCCAGGAUUCCUGCUCCCCAAUGUGAGAUUGCGAAGACAGAUCCUUCCACAGUCACCACUGCUACCUCAGCGUGGGCUGGCGCCUUUCAUGGAACAGUGGACAUAGUGCCAAGUGUGGGAUUUGAUACAGGUCUACAGCAUCAUGACAAAAGUAAGGAAUCUCCAUGGUACUGAAACACAGUGUUAGCAAGUCAAGUUGCAGCCUAAAUCCAAGGACCCACCGGGGAAUUUGCUAUUAGGAUUUUCCAGUCUGCAAAGGAGACACAAGUAACAUGGAAGAAGAGGAUACGUCAGGCGCUUGACUUUGGUUUUGAAACUUUUCUGGCGAAAGAAACAUGGGUCCUGGUCAUUGAAGAAAAGUAUUAUUGUUUGUUUUUCCCCCUCAUCUGAGCCUUUGUCAACUGUGUGACUUUCUUUUUUACCUUUUGGCUUUACCAGUACCUGGGUUAAUUUUUGUUUUAUUUUUACUUUUUAUAUUUUUCUUUUGGAACCAGCCAUCAUGUCAGGAAAAGAUGAACCACAAGGGGAAAUGCUCAUUCUUUCAGGAGUAAAAAUUUGUAGCUCUGUGUGCAUCUAUUUUUGUAGAAAUAUAGAAAGUUUGGUUUAGCAUUGAUGGGCUAUUUUUGAGGGGUGUACUUUUUAAAAUAUUGUCAGCAUUGUUGAGUUCUGUUUAAAGAACUUGCUCUCAGAGAAGCACUGGCAACAUGUUUAAAAACUGCUUAUCUUUAAAAUGUCUGUGAUAUGCUCAUGUCUGUGCUUUUUAGGUUACCUCAAGUGUGUGAUAUUUUCUCCUUUCUGUAAAAGUAGCUAUACCAUAGCAAACCAGUUCAGUAUUGUUUUUUCAUUAAAUCUCAGUGAUGAUUUAAUUCCGUUUAGCUCACUUAGUUUUGACUUACAUGGAUAGCUUGGAAAGGGAAAAUUUAAAGGGCCACACUAAAGGAUAUCUCAUUACUUUGAUUCUCUCAAAGAGUACGUGGAGGCUGCAAUGAAAGUUUGCAUUAACUUUUAAUGAGAUGAAAAGUUUACCUAGAGUAUAAUCAUUCUCCUUUUAGUUCAUUCAACUUUGAUAAAUGGAACCAGAGUUUAUAUACAACUACUGUACCUAAAUGUGUUUGAUCACACUACCUGUGAGUGCCAGUGACUUAUUCUACUUGUUUGUAAUUAUUCAUUCAUACAAAUUUCAAAGUCGCAAGUUUCUUUCAAAGUGAUUUUUUUUUUCCUUGGAGAAUUUGAAGGCAUAAUAUUUGGAAAGGUACUAGACACAUAAAAAAGCCCAGGCUGUGUCUGAUAAUAUCACUCAUCAUUGUAAAGUGAAAAAUAAUAUAUUGUCCAUGUAACCUUUUAAACAUACUAUUUUGCAAACAGUUUUAUUUCUUCCACUGUUUGGGUAUAAAUUUCAUUUUGUUUUAAUCCUUUAAAAUAUUUUAGGUCAAAAUAAAAUUUGUAUUGGCAUUUAAACUUCUACUAAUUACUGAAGUUGGGUUAAAACUGAACAGUUGAGAAUUCAACUUGACAUGGCCUUAGGAUUUAAAUGAAGUUUUUAAAUUGAUAAUUUAAAGACUUUAAAGAUAAGGUACAUUGCUUCUUUCACCUGCAUGUGUCAUGUAAAAAGGUAGUGUAACAUAGUUGUUUGAUUUGGGAAUAAUGAGUUUCUUAAAUUUCUCCCAUCUUUCUCCAUACACAUAAAAUAGAAUGUUCAGUGAAGUGCUGCUUUUCAGCUUUAAUUGUGAACAUCAUGUGCAUGAAUAUUAGACAUGAACAAGACAACCUGCUUAAGCAGAGUGUUCACAGGUAAUUUUUAAAUAUUCAACUUGGCUAUAUCUUAUGCAUUAACUUUUAUGCUGCACCCUGCAAAUUAUAGACCUAUACUCUUUUGCAUUUUUGUCAAUCUAUACUUUGCUUCUUCUGAACUAGAAUUUCUUAAGCAGAAUGUGUACAUCUUUAACAGUAUGGGGUUCAAAUUUAAGGUAUCUUCACUCAGCAACAAUCUCAAAUUUCUAAGGAGUUACUAAAUAGCAUACAUUUUUGUGUAUUCUUUGGUUUAAUACAAUUUUUUGUAAUUUGCCCAAAUAAGUGGAGCACAGAGUUCAGUGAAUUCAUGAAAUGUAUUUUUGUCUGGAGUUAUCCUGAGUGUUCGAAAACAAGUACUCAGCAGUUCCGAUGCGGUGUGUCACUGGGGAUUGCUAGCUUCCUUUUCCCCUGGAACCUAUUCACUUUUUCGGCAAUUUCUGAUAGAUCAGUGUCAUACUCCAUUCAGAUUAUUCAGGUGGAUUUUCUCAGUCAACAAGAGAAUAUAUUAACUUUUAGUUUCUUUCCUUAUUCUCCACGAAACUGGAUUGAAAGACAGAGGCAACAAAUAGUGGCUUCAGCUUUCAUCUAGAUUUUGUUCUCUGUCCUUCCUUGUACAUAUAAAUAACAUAUUUCUUGGCUCUAGGGGUCUCAGAAAAGUAAAGUAUCUGAAUUCUGCUGUACACAAGAAGGAUUAGUAAGUGAGCUUUGAGAGAAAGCCUAGAUAUGGAUCAAAAUCUAAGUACCAAGGAUUAAGUACAUUGCUUUAUGAUAGUUUGUCAUCCCUAUUACCAUAUUACCAGCACUGUCAGAAUCACAAGAGAGCAUGAGUUAUAAUUUAGUACAAUGACCUGAACUUAUUUUACAUUUAAAAUUACAUCACCCUGUGGAUCUAAUUUCCUAACAUCAAAAUUAUAGUACUGGACUUGGAGGUUUCUACAUUGCUUUAUGGAAGGCUUCUGCUUACCUUUCUAACUUCACUGAGAGCCACUUCACCUUUGAUUGUUUUACAAAUUAAACCUCAUUCAAGCUUUAAAGAUCUGUGAAUUAAUAGGAAAUCUAUUUACUCUAAUUUGUGCUGAGGAACUAAAGAGCAACAAGUGUUGGCAAAUCAGACCCCUUAAUAGGAUGAUUGAUCCUUCACUGUUAAUUUGAAAGAAGCGUCAAUACCUUUUAAAAACCAGUACAUCUUCUUAAGAAAGCCAAACUGUCUUUACUUUUUCUGGUACUUUUUUCUCUUUUCUCUUUCUUUCUAAAGUUAUUUGUAUUUUGUUAUGCAAAAUUGGCCAAAAUUGCUCUAAGAUUUACAAAUUGAUAACCAGUAUAUUGCACAUAAUUGAGGAAUUGAUUUCUUUAAUUUUGUAACAUUUAACAAAAAACUCCGAGGUACUAGCACAAAAGAUGCCUCUAAAAAGAAGUCGAUAUUUCUUAUGCAAAUAACACCUACCCAUUUCUACUCUAAAACCUGAAGAACAUGACAGAAUCUAGUUUUUGAGUUUACUCUCUGGGCUAAUGCUGUAUUUCUAAUUUAAAGUGCAAAUCAAAAACUACUUUUUAAGAGACUGCAGUCUGUCCUUUAUUGAGUGUUCCAAAUAGUACUUGCUGGAUUAAGCCAGCAGGAACAGUAGAAUAAAAAGUUCAAAAGUGGACUGUAUGUAUUAGAUUUUUGACUAGGAGAUGUGUAGGGAAACAGAAUGAAUUGAUGCGAAGAGAAUGGAAAGCUUUCUCUGAAUUCUAAAUUCUAAGUGACUUACAGUUUAAUGUGCGAUUUGGGGCUUCAUUAAUUUACCUCACAGAUAAAAAGGGAUAAUCAUGCAUAACAAACAGGCUGAGAAAGUUGAAAAUAACAUAUGUGCGUGUGUGUCUGUGUGUGUGUGUCAGAGAGACAGACAGACAGACAAACAGAGAGAGUUAUGUUGAGCUCCUGAAUGUUGCCUUCUCUUCAUUUUUCUGUACCCAUGUGUGCAGCAACUAAAUGGAUUUGACCUGUUUUACUAUAAGAAAUUACUGCAAAGGUUAUUCUCUUACUAGAUAAGAGAGAGCAAGUACAAAUUUCUUUAUUUGCUCUGACCUUUUAUGCCAUUCCUGAAGGAAAAUGAUUUUUUUGUGAUGUGUAGGCCCAAAUUAGACUUUUCUUCCAUAUUUCAAUUAAAAAUAUAUUCAUCAGAACCUUAUACAUUAUUGUCUCACACCUUAAGAGUGAAGUGUCAUGAAACAACAAAACUUGUGUUUCCAGAAAUAUUUUGGGUUUCCUUGGAACCUGAAAUAAGAGCAUAUCUUUUGAAAUUAUUUUUUUUUUUUAACUUUCUUUGGAGGAAAAGUUGCAAAAUAUGGUGGAAAAAUCUUUUGCAUGAAAAGGGGAGGAGAACCUAACCCUUUACAAACACAGUCAGCAGAUUUACUCUGCUUGAGAAAAAAGAAACAACUCUAUUGGAAGCAGAUGUUGACAUUAUGUCAGUUAUUGAAGAUGGAAAGAGUUCGCGUGCCUUGCAGUCAUAAAGGGGCACUGACAGCAGUUAGAAUUCUGACGGAUCAGCUUCCCACCUAAGGGAAGGACAGCAGAAUCUGUGGAACCAAAAAUCAGACCCAUCUCCAACUGUAAGGUACAGGACCCAGGACUCUGAGGACUUAUUUUUUAAUUUCAUUUUGUUCUUUUCUUGCUUUCCUGCUGGAUAAAAGAUAAAUCUUUCAGAAAAUGUAAGCCUUGAGAGGGAAACUAGAGUUUAUUCUCUGAAAAUACUUAAAAGCUAAAGAACUUUUAAAAUCUAUUAUCAAAGCAUUGAAGCUAUUAUUGAAGUGAUUUUAAAAACAUUAGGCUAGGGUUUUAGCUGGUGCUUGAGUUAUGUGUGAUUCGUGCAAGACAACCUGUCUCAGUAGCUGCAAAUGUUAACCAGGUAACUUGAACGCAGAGAUUGUCACAGAACAGACAUUGCAAUGCUACAUCAGGAUUUUUUUCUUUUUAGUGCUUUCUGGGAAUUUCCAAACUAUAGAGAUAGUCAUUAUUGAAAAAUAAUCUUGAUUUUCUUAUUAGCAUUGUACUUUUCAUUUGCUUUAACAAUAUUUUUAUGAUUUCAAAUAAUACAUCAAACUAAUAUUCUUUUGACAUUUCAGUCAAUUUAAUUUGAUCCAAAAAUGUGACUGAAAUCUCUUUAUUCAAUCCCCAAAAUUCUACUAUAAUUAAGCAUAACUUACGAAUACCAUUGAAUAAGUAAACAAGGGUUCCUUCUAAAAAAGAGAAAUUUAUCAUUAAUUAUUUUCCUGUUUCUGGACUACUAAAUUUGGACCUAAGAAUAUUUCUUUUAGACCACACAAUUCUUUGAUUAUUUUUUGUUACAUGCAUAAGAUGUGAACUUUUCUAAUGUCUCUUCAUACUAAUAGAGAUGUAAAUUUUUUGCUAUGCUGUGGCCAGAACAAAAGUUAAUGAUUAUUUACACACUUGAUUUAAUUCCUUAGGAUAUGUAAAAUUUUGCAUAUUUUAUCUGAUUUAGAAAUACGAUUCCAUAUGUUUUCUUCAGGAUAUACAAUAUAGGGGAAGGUUUUCAUGUGCAGUAUUUGUAUCAUUUUAAAGUGUAUAUAUUAAGGGAAAAGUUGGAUUCAACAUGUUUUCAUCAUAUAAGUCGAAAUAAAGUACAAUGCUUUCAUAAAGAAAAGAUAUACAGGGUGAUACUUUAUGUUUGACACAUGGUCCACUAAACUGAAAAUCAACAAUAGGAACAUUAUCAUACCCCACUGGAAUAUGAUGUAAUUAGAGAUUUAUUUGUUCUACCAGCAAUUAUGUUACCUUAUUUUACAUUUCCAGAAAGGAAAAUUAAUCUUAGUUAUGCUGUCAUUUGUAAUUAACAAAAAUAUAUAUCAUUCAUAAGACUUUUGGUUUUAUAAGAUAAUUACAAAUCGUUUUUGUGCGGUUGGGGAAGAGACUUUAUUUCUAUUUACACUUCAAGUGCAGGACUCAUAACUAUGUGCCAAUAACACAAAAUGAUGGAAAACUUUGUAAUAAAAACAGAUGUCACUAUCUUCAAUUGUUCAAUAAAUAACAAUGUGAAUUUAAUGUGUAUAUGUAAUGUAGCAUUUCGAUUUUGUCUGAAUUUCUUGAGAAUUAAAUAAAACAUUUUUGUUUCCUCA